UACUCUGGACUGUAAAAAGCUAAACCCAUUUGCUGUUUUGCAAAUUGUGAAUGUGAUAAUUGUUUCCUGGAACUUUAGAAACUAAGUUAUAUUCUCGUUUAAGUAUAAGAAAUUUUAAAUCCUAGCGAAAAUGAAUACCAGCGGCAAUUAUUUCGAUGAACAACUCGUCCAUAUUUACACGCAUCUAGUGCAUAAUUAUGUGCCAGACUUUGUACUCACUAUGGGUAAACAUUUUGAGUAUACGCCGUGGAUAUUCUCGUUACUCGGGUCGGUGGUGAUCGGCUUGAGCGGUAUACUACCUUUAUUCAUUAUACCCACUGGUGAAAAACUCGAGAAAGGCGGUUAUGCGGAUCCUGCUGAGUCCAAAUUCCUUAAAGUGCUGCUAAGCUUUGCUGUCGGCGGCCUACUGGGUGAUGUUUUCCUUCAUCUGUUGCCUGAAGCUUGGGAAGGUGAACAACAAAGUCCCACUGAACAUCCUUCUUUGCGCUCAGGCCUUUGGGUUUUAUCGGGCAUACUAAUUUUCACGAUUGUCGAGAAAAUAUUCUCCGGAUACACCAAUGCCGAUGAGGAGAAUCCACAGCCAAAAUGUGUGGAAAUUGCAAAUUGUUUACUUCGCAAAACAGGCGGAAAAAUACCAGAAGGCCACAAUAGUUCAGAAAGCUGUGCAAGAUCAUGUGAUAUCGAAGAAGUACCCAAUGGUUGUUUCUUGCGCGAACGCGAACAAAAACAAAAGGAGCAGCCAAAAAAAGUAGCAGGCUACUUAAAUUUAAUGGCGAAUUCCAUUGACAAUUUCACACAUGGCCUGGCUGUUGCCGGUUCAUUUUUGGUCUCAUUCCGACACGGUGUGCUAGCAACAUUUGCGAUUUUGUUGCACGAGAUACCACAUGAAGUUGGUGAUUUUGCCAUUCUCUUGCGUUCUGGUUUUAGUCGAUGGGAUGCUGCCCGCGCUCAACUAUUGACCGCAGGUGCCGGUCUGCUGGGUGCGUUAGUUGCUAUUGGUGGUUCGGGUGUCACAUCGGCCAUGGAAGCACGAACUUCCUGGAUUAUGCCCUUCACGGCUGGAGGAUUUCUACAUAUAGCUCUCGUUACGGUAUUACCAGAUCUCUUAAAGGAAGAAGAGAAAAUGGAAUCUAUAAAACAAUUGUUCGCGCUAAUAUUCGGAAUUCUAAUAAUGGCUUUUAUGACGGUAUUUUUUGAGUCAUGAGCACUUAUUUGGAUCGAGAUUUGUUCUUCUAAUAAUUAAAAUCAUUAAAUUUCUACAAAUAAGUGCUUGCAAUUGAACAUGUGUAUGUAUGCAUGUAUGUUUAAGGCGAAAAUAUAGGUGCUUUAUAUUUGCAUAAUACUGAUUCAAAAAUACAAAAACAAGCGCUUACAAAAACAUUUGGUAUUAUAUAAUAUUUGUGAAAAAUCUUUUUUAAACAAAUAAGUAUAAAAAAUAAGCGGCUAAGCACUUUGUGUAGUUUUAAAAUUUGCUUUGAAUCUUAUUUGCAUUACUGGAAGUAGGUAUUAUUUCAUACAGAAAUAGCAUUACAAGUUAUAUCAAAAUUAAAAAUGGUUAUUUUUUAUUAUUUUUGUAAGAUUUUCGCCAUAUACUUUUAGUUGCAUUAUUUUAUAUAGCACACCAUGAGAAAUAUUUUGACAAGGAUUAAUGGUCUAUAACAGUUUAAUUAUCGCCCCGAACUUUUGUAUUUGGAAUUUUUUAUUUUAUUUCGCUAACUUUUACAUAAAUUCUUUAUGUAGCAUUACUAACUGGAAAGUAGUUGAAUUACUUAUGCAUAGUUUUUAUUAAUGUAAAUAAAUAUCCAAUGUAUUUGUGAUACGUAUAAAAUCAAUCUUUAAGAUUAUGCCGUUAAUAAAAAAUAUCAAACUUCAAGACAGAAGACGAAAAAAUAA